GUAGCACGGCCGUAGCGGACUAAACGCUCUCGAGGAACAAUAUUAAACUACUUUUUUUCUUUUCUUUUUUUUUUGCUCCACGAUUCUUCCGCGCCAGACGGGAUGGAUACGGAACACUCGCUGCUGUCCGGAGGAGUGGACCGGGAGCGCCAAAAACUGCCUCCGAUCUUCAACAGCUCUCCCCCGGCUGGUCUGGGGCGUGGAUCCAAGCAGGCGUUCCCUUCUCUGGGCACAUUUAUCUCUACUCUGAGCCAGCGGCGCGACGCAGGGGGGCGGGGCUUAUCUACUGUGAGCGGGAUGACCAACAGCCCAGGCCUCAGACACGGGCGAGAGCUGCCUCCCAUCUGCAGUGACGUGCGGCAGAAGCAGCGCCUCUCCAUCGACACCCUGCCCCCGGAAGUCAAAGCCCCCUUCCCUUGUGACCCCAUCAUACCCCUGAGGACCAAGACCACCAAGGACUUCCAGGAGGACAUGGAGCGGGCGGUGCAGACGGGCGACUGGAGGGAGGUGAGAGAGUUCUAUCUCACCACCUUCGACUCCUUCAUCGAAAUCAACGCAGCCUUCAAGCGAGAGGCGAACGGAUCCUUCAACACCAUAGACGACUCCGGAGUGAACGCCAAGUUUGUGAACGCGGUUUACGACGCGCUGCUCAACACACCUCAGGACAUCCAGAAGUCAGUGCUGAAGGGCAUCAUCAACAGCCUGCUGCGUGAGUGGAAAGGGCCUCGGACGAAAGACGACCUGCGAGCCUACUUCAUCCUGGUUCAGAACCCUCAGUACUCAAGCACCAGCACAUAUGUCAUCUACGCCCACCUGCUACGCCAGAUCGCUGCCUUGUCUGAGGCCGACCACCACUUCCUGGUUCACUGGCUCAAGAAGCUGUCAGCGCGCAGGUUCAAACAGCUGGUAGAGCGCCUCCUACAGUUCAUCUCCACGCGCCUGUUCCCAGCUGAACCCGACGAGCUGCCCCCUCUGGCCAAGUGCUCGUGGUGGGUCCCCUCGGCCACCAAAGUCUUGGCCCUCUUCAAUGCAGCGAACAGCGUCUCUUCUCCUCCGAUCAUGCCUUUCACUGACUUCUACAACAUCACCCUGGAGCACAUCGACUUCAUGGAGGAGUACAGGACGUGGCAGAGCUACGGCAACUCCAACAGGUUCUCCUUCUGUCAGUUCCCAUUCAUCCUGUCCACUGUGGUGAAGAAGGCCAUCAUCCAGAAGGACUCGGAGCAGCAGAUGAUCAGCCAGGCCAGACAAAGUCUGGUGAGUAAAGUGUCCCGCAGACAGAGGGUGGACAUGAACCUCCUCUUCCUCAACAUCAAAGUGAGACGGGCUCAGCUGCUCAGCGACUCCUUGGAAGAGCUGAUGAGGAAGAGAUGUGACCUGAAGAAGAAACUGCGGGUGACGUUUGUGGGGGAGGCGGGGCUGGACAUGGGGGGUCUGACCAAGGAGUGGUUCCUCCUGCUCGUGCGACAGAUCUUCCACACUGACUACGGUAUGUUCACCUACAUGAAGGACUCGCGCUGCCAUUGGUUCAGCAGCUGGAAGUGUGACAACUAUUCAGAGUUCCAGUUGGUCGGAACACUGAUGGGCUUGGCCGUGUACAACAGCAUCGCUCUGGACAUACACUUCCCUCUAUAUGUUUACAGAAAGCUCCUGACUCCGCCCAAUGCACCAUGUGACCCAAACACCCUGGUUGGCAUGGCGACGGCUACGCUAGAAGAUUUGCAGCAGGUCAUGCCGGAGCUGGCUCGCGGUCUGGGGGAGCUGCUCUCUUAUGAAGGCAACGUGGAGGAGGACUUCUACCUCACCUUCCAGGUGUUUCAGGAGGAGAUGGGCGUCGUCAAAGCAUUUAACCUGAAGCCUGGAGGAGACAAGAUCCCAGUGACCAAACAUAACCGCAGAGAGUAUGUGCAGCUGUACGUGGACUUCCUGCUGAACAAGUGCAUGUACAAACAGUUUGCGGCCUUCUACCACGGCUUCCACAGCGUGUGUGCGUCCGAUGCUCUCAUGCUGCUGAGGCCUGAGGAGGUGGAGAUGCUGGUGUGUGGUAGUCCAGAGCUGGACAUGAGCGCUCUGCAAAAGGCCGCACAGUACGAGGGAUACAGCAAGACCGACUGCACUGUCAGGUGCUUCUGGGACGUGGUGCUGGCCUUUCCUCUGGAGCUGCAGAAGAAGCUGCUUCACUUCACCACAGGCAGUGACCGUGUGCCUGUGGGGGGCAUGGCCCACCUCAACUUCAAGGUGUCCAAGAUCGACGUCUCCACGGACUGGUUGCCGAUCUCUCACACCUGUUUUAACCAGAUCUGCCUGCCUCCUUACCGCACCAGGAAGGAGCUCAAACACAAGCUAACCAUCGCCAUCUCCAACGCAGAGGGCUUCGGACUGGAGUGACAACAACAACAAAAAAACAUUUUAUUUAUAACGAAUACGCGAUUUCAUUGACAACUGCUUCAGACAGGCUCAAGAUGGCGCCUCAUUCUACGACCAAUGGCUUUAUCAUAGCUACAGUGAAAGAUUUUUGCACAUUUGAAAAGUUAUUAUAUUGUGUAUUGUUUAUUUUUAAGACGUUUUGGAUGACAGGGACUCGAGCAGGACGGAGGCCAAAUGGAUUUUUGCAGUGUUGGUGUAUAUGAUUUUUGAAAUGAUUUGUGCAUAUGUUGAUGUUAUAUGGAGAUGUAUAGAGUUUAUUUAGUGUUUGACAUUGUGGCCAAACAUAAGGCUGCAGCAGGUAAAGUGUGCACUGCAAAAAAGGAAUUAUGAGUUCAAAUGACGUAAAGAUCACAACUGGCUUUUUUUGACCUUUUAACCAUGUUAUUAAUGAACU